CCUUGUAUAUUGUUUUCUCUCUUCUCUUUUAACUCUUCCUUUUUCUUAUAUACACAACACACACGUCGAAACCACUAAAAUCUCUCUAUUGCAAAACCAAAGAUUUUCAAGAAAAUGAAGAACACCCAUUUGCCUGAAGAAACCAAGGAACCAAACUCUCCAAGAUCUUCUCAGAAAGAUCAUAUAUCGGUAGAGAAACAAAGCAAGACAUGUUUGCCUGAGACAACAGUGUUGUCAGGACGUGAGAGGCUUAAGAGACAUAGAGAAGAAGUUGCUGGAAAAGUUCCUAUACCGGACAGUUGGGGUAAAGAAGGGUUGCUUAUGGGAUGGAUGGAUUUUUCAGCCUUUGAUGCUUCUUUUACUUCGAGUCAGAUUGUUUCUGCUAGAGCUGCGUUAAUGGCUGAUGCUGGAGAUGAUGCUGGUGCUAGAGGAAGUAGACCUCAACGCCUUAGAGUUGAGAGUUCUUGUUGAUUCUAUAUUUUGUCUUAGAGAAAUGUUUAUGCAAAUAAUACUCUCUCAUCUUGGUUUUGUUAUGUUUUAUUAGAUACGGCCUUAAUUAUCUUAUUCACAUUGGUUUUGGAAUUUUUGAACCAUUGAUACAAAUUAUUCAAAGUUUCCAUAUAGUACUACUUGUCUAAUUGAUUUGAUUUGUAAAUGGAACUGCCGGUGAGAUAAACAUUUUUUUUUGUGUGUG